AUGAGCAGCGUUCCGGCUAAUCUGUAUCCGGGAUUGAAUGACAUCGUCGAUGUGUUGGAAGAGAUUCCCUUGGAGACCUCCAGAUACUUGACACUUUUGCAUGAGAUUGAUGCAAAAUGUGUGCAUUCGAUGCCAGCACUGAAUAGCCACAUUGGUGAAUUUUUAAGCUUGAACAAAUCAGCAGGUAACGCGUGCAAAACAGAUCAGCUGAUGGAUAUCAACAGAUUAUUCAAAGAGCUUAUGCCAUCUUUGGAGGAAGAAAUGCAUGUUUCUUCCAUCAUGUUAGAGUCUCUCCAGAAACUCAUAGUGAGGCUGGAGCUGGCGUAUGAAAUUGCAAUAAGGAAUCAGGAGGUACCCGCGAAACUUAGAUUGGGUGUUGACAAUCAUCCAGCGAUGCAUCUGCAUUAUGAGCUCAUGGAAAAAAUCGAUGGAAAGUCAACGAAUGGUAACAACGGGAAUGGUACGGGAAAUGGAAGUAAGACUACCCAAGCUUUGCGAAGUGAGUCUCGUCGAGAGGCCAUGGUAGCUAAUAAGAAACACGGUAAUGAUUCAGCUUCUCAGGUAGCGGGUACAGAGCUUAAUACUUCACAGGGAGAUCUCGUUUCAACAAAUGACGAUUUACAACAGCAACACAUCGACUCGGGGUUCGCUACGCAAGAACAGGACGCUUCAAGAAAGAGAACCAACGUAAAUUCCAAUGGUGCACUGCCAGAGUCAAAGAAGCGCAAGCGCAGAGCAAAUGUGAAAACUGUACCGAAUGGUUCCGUCUCAAUGACUGCCGAUCCCGUAGCUGUGACAUCAGCAUCAAUAACCGCUACGGCGGUUGAAACGCCAAAUCCAGUAUACGCCCACGCACACCAAAAUGGUACAAAAGCAAGGACAAACGACUACGGUGAACCAUUGUACUGCUAUUGUAAUCAAGUCGCAUAUGGUGAAAUGGUUGGCUGUGAUGGAGAAAACUGUGAAUUGGAAUGGUUUCAUUUACCCUGUAUAAAUCUAGAUCACUUGCCAAAGGGGAAAUGGUAUUGUGACGAUUGUAAGAAGAGAUUAUAG